UCCUCUCCCUCCACCCUCCCACAGAUCACCCAGUCUGGUUUUAAAGGAAGGUAACAGCGAGACAUGGCACUCUCUGCCCUGGCUACUAAAGAGACAGCUGGGCUACUACCAGCAAACCCCAGCCACUGACUAUUCCUGGGCCUCGACAUGCGGCUUAUCACAGAGGGCUCACAGAGAGUCCUAUGUGCUAUGCUGGUCUCUCUCUUGCAUGCGGUCUCUGUCGAUGCUUUAAACAUAACAGAUCCUCUUGCUAGAAGCUCAAUACAGAAAAGCUACGAUCUCACAAAAUACCUGGAACACCAACUGCGCUCACUUGCUGGACCAUAUUUAAACUAUCUUGGUCCUCCUUUCAACGAUCCAGACUUCAACCCCCCUCGUGCCGGUGGUCCAGACGCCAUCCCUAGUGCAUCAGUGGACUCUCAGAUGUGGCGCAACCUGAAUGACAGCCUGCGUUUAGCAGAGAACCAUCGGGCCUACAGUCUCCUGCUCUGUUACCUGCGUUCCAUUGACAGUGAAGUGGCCAGAACUGAACUUCGAAGGAGCAUAGGCCGCUUCUGCACCAGCCUGCAGGGUCUGGUUGUCAGCAUUGCUGGUGUCAUGUCUUCCUUGGGCUACCAGCCUCCACCUGAAUUCUCCAAUUCUUCUCCUCAGUUUGGGUUGGGGUUUGGGAGGGGCAAUGACUUUCUGCGCAAGAUGGAGGACUUCUGGCUGCUGAAAGAGCUGCAGAUCUGGCUCUGGCGGUCAGCAAAGGACUUCAACAGGCUAAAAAGGAAGGUACCUGCGGUAGUGUCCUUCCGAGUGGAAUUUCGGGGCUACUGAUGUGGUGGAGACAGAGGAGAAUUAUAAUGUAGGAAAUUCUUAUUUAAACACUUCUAAAAAGAGCAAAUACACUUCAAAAAUGAAUGCAAGAAUAUUUCUGGUGAAUUCUGGACCUUGCCCUUUAACUUCUUGACAAUGGAUUAAAACCUGGAAGAAACAUCUAAACCAGAUUAACAGUAAUAGAGAGAAAGUUUACCAGAAGUCUUCAUUCCAGAAUCUUUUUUGCAAUAAUGAUGUUAAGAGACAAGAAGAACAAAACAAGGUUACCAAAUUGGAAGCAACUCCUAUGACUUACCAAACAAACAUUUCUCACUGCCAGUGGGAUGAACUUUUUUUUGGCUGUGCACAAUUUUUUAGAGUAUUUAUGCUUAAAAAGAGCUUUAUAAAGAGGUGAACAACCACUUUUUUCAUAGAAGAUGACACAACGUGUUUAUUUUUUCAAUUUUCUAAGGCCAAACCAGAGUCAGUCCCAUUAGCAACAUUCCAAAAGAAACAAUUAAAAUAUAUUUUUAAUAAGAAAGUACUAGAUAUGUAUCAUUGAAAUUCAUAAUAAUCUAGAUACACAUGUAUUACCAUGCACUGUUAUGUUCAGACAAAUGUAGCGGUCCAUUUAAACCACUUUUAAAUGAUGAUAAGUAUCUACAUAGAAUAAACAGUUGUACCCAGUAAUCUGAUUUUAAAGAAGGUGCAGAGUGCCACUUAUAUAACAAGGAAAAAUAGCCUUAUAUAUGAAGCUGUUGACAUAUCCAUCGCAAAUAAUAUUUUUGUAGCUGUCUCUAAGUGCCUUUAUCUUUGUACAUAUAUGUGUGUAUAAUGGGUGCCUUAUUGUACAUACUUGAAUAAUGUAUUUUUUAUGCUCCUUUUGCUGCAAAACUCAGACAGCCAGAUUUAAAGGACCAAACAAAAAUCCAUGAAAUUUUAUCGGUUUUGUAGAAAACGACUUCUGCACUGACAUUCACAAUAUUUAAAGGGAAUUAUUGGGAAGAAAGAAGACCAUCUAGGUCAUCUUUUGUGUAGCAGCAGAUCUGCUUAAAAAUACAGUUAAAAAAGUUAUUCAAAACUCCAAAGAAUUCUUUAGUCCCUCUAUGUCUAUGCUGUGCUACUUCGAAGGGUUGGAAGCAUUUAGUGAUGCCAACUGCUUUUAAUGUUCAGCCUGUAGCACUCGCAUGUAAGGAUACAUUGGCUCUGAUCCAGCCAAUUAUCUGAUAUAUCUGUUAUUUGCUUGUUGGCACACAAACACUAAUGCUCAGUGAACAUGAAAGCAGACUUUGAUUGGAUUCUAUGUACAAGCCCACAGUUAUGGUACUGCUUUAAAGGGGUAAGGGCCCUCACCUCCCUGAUUUGUAUUUCCCUAUAUCACUAUUGACAGAAGAUGUAUAGAUUCUAGCAAAAGUAUUAGGUAUGAGAUUAACUCAGGUAUAACAUGAAUAUACAUUUUAACCAGAUGGGGGUUCAUGCAAAUACCCUUAACACCUUUAACAUACAGUACAUAGGAUGUUCUUACAGAGUUAGAAAUGUCCUCUGCUUUUACUUUUCCAACAGUGCUUUACUCCAGUCAGUUUAAAAAUAGUUAGGAUGGCUAAUUAUUUCUAGUGUACCAGCCAUUGCAGCCGUUUCUAUCUGUGCAAGGAACUGAGUCUCCAUCUCCUCUUUAAUACUGGGGGGGGCAGUGGCAGCUAAAGAGGAUCUUUAGUCCCCCUUACAUUUGGUCCCACUCCUCCACCAUCUUCUCCAUCUUUGUUGGUCUGGUGCCUGUGCAGAUGUGGCAAAGGGCUCUGCCUAGUUUUCGGGUGCCAGUAGAGCCCUGCAGUACAUCUGCGCAGGUGCAGGGGGAUUCUGCGCAUGCACCGACGUGCUGAAGUUUGGGACUUCCAUACCUGCACUGUGCAUGUGCAGAUGUGCUCCGGGGCUUCAGUCAUUCUUGCCUUAUAAUAAUAAUGGCCAAAUAUGAGAGAAGAAUGGAGAAAAGAAGGGUAAAAUUAUUAUUUUUUUAAGGUGAAGGUCUAAUCUAAAUGUACAAAUCCCAGUAUAUAACCUGAGCAACAGAGCUCUACUUGUACUGGGCAAUUUGUCAGUGUUGAAUGGGGUUGUUUUUAAAACAUGCUAGAUACAUUUGGGUCUACAUUUAAUCACCCUGUCAUUCCCAAAUGGGUCCACGUGCUAUAUGCAAAACCAAAGCUAGGAUACAGGUCAAUAAUGUGUUUCCCCCCCCCCCCCUCCUUUCUUCUACAUACAAUAAUGUCGGGAUCCUUCCAGAGCAUGGAGCAAACGUGAAUGGCGUCAGUAUUCAAAAACUUUUGGGGUGUUGUAUGCCUGUGUCUUGUGCCAUGCUGGUUCCUUUCUCUGACACUUUACAUUUCUCCUGAGUCCUAUAGUGACUCAGAAGGUCAGAGGAAAAAAUAAGCUCAUGGUAUUGGACAAAGGCAUCCAAUACUCAUGGAUUUGUUGAAUGCCAAAUAAGCUUUCCAAGGCCGCAGUGCUGGUACACAGAAGUAGGAGAAACGGGCCACCAAAAUGUGAUUAUACACUGUCUUCUCUUGCAGAGAAAUUCAACUUUUAAAGCUCUAGUGACCUAGCAGGAUCUCUAUACCAAGGGAACAAAGGGCAACAGUUACUGAAAUGUAAAUUCCAUUCUAAAGUAAAAAGGGAAUUUUGGUUGAAACAGUCUUCGUAAAUCACAGGCAAGAUAGUUAUACUUACAUAGUUGCAUAGUAAGUGAGGUUGAAAAAAGACACAAGUCCAUCAAGUCCAACCUAUGUGUAUAUUAUACUUAGGUUUCUUUGUUUUGAAACCCCCAGGUGUAGUUCUGCCUUUUACAGGAGGGUGUAGUUAUGACAUAGUCCCUCUUCUAGCCUAGCUAAGCUGACAGUUUUUCAGAAAAUCGGCACUGUAAGUCAGCCAACACAGGCCACAGGAUAUAGCAAAGAGCAGUAAGCCUGUGGAAACGGCAAUUGUGGAUCACAGGACACGUAGUUAAACAGUGAAUCUAUUUGAAGAAAGACACAAGUCCAUCCAUUUCAACCAACAGAGCUAAAAAAAAAAAAAAUAGAAAACCUCCA